CGCGUCAUUGACACCCAUAAAAGAUGUGUCAUAUUGGCCCCUCAAGACUGCAAAUAUGCCACUCUAAGCUAUGUUUGGGGUAGAGGAGGUGACCUCAUACAAGCAAAGCUGGGGAAUAUUGACGACCUAGGCAAGAAAGGAUCUCUUGCAGAUGAUAGCUGCUUGCCAGCAACAAUCAAUAAUGCAAUAGAGGCAUGUUUAAGCCUAGGAAUAUCAUUUCUCUGGGUUGAUCGACUUUGCAUAUUACAAGACGAUGAGCCAUGCAAAAAGGCAAUUCAGCUGAAUGCUAUGGGCAAGAUAUACAAUCAGUCAUAUCUAACCCUAGUUGCUAUGGCAGGAAGUGAUGCACAUUACGGUCUUCCUGGAACAAAUGCACAGAGGCGAUCCCCACUGUGGACAGGUCAAACACAGGGAAUAUACCUGCUUAAAGACAUUGACGCGUACGAUAAGAUUUGUCGAUCCUCAAAAUGGCAAACUCGAGGAUGGACA